AUGAGCUGGCCGUUCACCAUGCGUCCUGCACUGCGGCCUUGCCGAGGGAGCGCCCGGUCAGAGUCGGCAAGGCUCUCUCAGCAUUUGAUCGCUGUGAUUUCUGCCACCCAAAUCCGUCGAUUCUCUGCUGGGUCCCGACGAUGCGAGGAACAAAAGAAACCCACCACCCCGCCGAAUUUGAUAACGUCUGUUCCUUACUCGGCUCUGACCGUUGGAAUCCCCUUCGAGACCUUCCCAAACGAGCGUCGCGUUGCCCUAACGCCGCAGAACGCCGCUCUCUUGCUCAAGAAGGGAUUUGGACGUGUUCUGAUUGAGCGUGGUGCGGGUGCUCAAGCAAAGUUUACAGAUGAGGCAUAUGAGAAAGCGGGCGCGACGCUGGUGGACCGGACCGCCGUUUGGCAGGAUAGCGACAUCCUGCUGAAAGUUCGUGCGCCCUUGCUCAAAAGAUCCAACAACAACAACAACAACAACAACAACGAGGUGGCGGCUCUCCGCGAGGGGAGCACUCUCAUUUCGUUUCUAUACCCCGCACAGAAUAAGGAACUGGUCAAUUCACUGGCUGCUCGCCGCGUAACUUCGUUUGCCAUGGAUAUGAUCCCUCGCAUCUCCCGCGCACAGGUUUUUGAUGCUCUGAGCUCGAUGGCAAAUAUCGCGGGCUACAAGGCCGUCCUUGAAGCUUCGAAUCAUUUCGGCCGUUUUCUUCCAGGCCAGGUUACGGCAGCUGGAAAGGUAUAUAACCGAUCAGACUCAAUUCCCCCUGGUAAAGUUCUCGUUAUUGGGGCUGGCGUCGCUGGUCUGAGUGCUAUCGGUGCCGCCCGUCGUCUUGGGGCAAUUGUACGAGGUUUUGAUACACGAUCUGCCGCACGUGAGCAAGUACAGUCGCUUGGUGCUGAGUUCAUUGAAGUCGACAUCCAAGAAGAAGGCUCAGGUACUGGUGGCUACGCAAAGGAAAUGUCGAAAGAGUUCUUGGAGGCUGAAAUGAAGUUGUUCAUGGAACAGUGUAAAGAAGUAGAUAUUGUGAUCACAACUGCCUUGAUUCCCGGAAAGCCCGCCCCCAAGUUGAUCAAGAAAGAGAUGGUAGCAGCAAUGAAACCAGGCUCUGUGAUUGUUGAUCUAGCCGCUGAAGCUGGCGGGAAUUGCGAACUGACUAUUCCCGGACAAUUAACUGUUGAAAACGGCGUUACUGUUAUUGGAUACACGGAUCUUCCUUCACGACUUCCAACACAAUCAUCCACGCUUUACUCCAACAAUAUCACGAAGUUCCUUCUCUCCAUGGCUCCCGAGGAAAAGAAGUUCGGCGUCGACCCUACAGACGAGGUUGUCCGUGGCUCGAUUGUUACUGAGAAUGGCGAAGUCCUUCCUCCCGCUCCCCGACCUGCUCCCCCGCCUGCUCUAUCUCCUAAAACUGCUGAUCUUUCCAAAGAGAGCGCCACCCUAGCCCUGACCCCGUUCCAGAAGAUCUCUCGGGAGGUUGCCACCGUAGCUGGUGGGAUGGGCCUAGCAGUAACUCUCGGCAAAUUCACAGGCCCAUUAUUCAUGAGCAACGUUUUUACCGCUGGACUUGCUUCACUUAUUGGCUAUCGUGUGGUCUGGGGAGUAGUUCCUGCUCUACACUCCCCCUUGAUGAGUGUAACGAACGCCAUUUCAGGCAUGGUUGGCGUCGGUGGUUUAUUUGUCAUGGGAGGGGGGUUUGUUCCUGAGACUAUUCCGCAGGCUCUUGGCGCAUUGUCGGUCCUGUUAGCAUUUGUAAACGUGUCUGGUGGUUUCGUUAUCACCAAGCGAAUGUUGGAUAUGUUCAGACGCCCGACGGACCCCCCUGAAUACCCCUGGCUAUACGCCAUCCCCGGUCUGUUGUUUGGCGGAGGCUUUAUUGCUGCCGCAAGCACUGGUAUGGCUGGCCUUGUUCAAGCUGGAUAUCUAGUUAGCAGUAUCCUGUGUAUUAGUUCCCUUUCUGGCCUUGCGUCUCAGGCGACAGCGCGGCGGGGCAAUAUGUUAGGUAUUUUGGGUGUCCUUUCUGGGAUGCUUGCAUCCCUGGCUGCUGUUGGCUUCUCCCCCGAAGUUCUUGCGCAAUUCGUUGGAGUUGCUGGGUUUGGAAGUGUUCUGGGUGCACUAAUCGGCCGUCGCAUUACACCAACUGGAUUACCGCAAACUGUUGCUGCAUUACAUUCCGUUGUCGGAUUGGCGGCCGUUCUUACCAGCAUUGGAAGUGUUCUACUAGAUCUUGGGCAUAUUUCUACGCUCCAUCUUGUCACUGCAUAUUUGGGAGUUGUCAUUGGUGGCGUUACGUUUACUGGUUCAAUCGUUGCUUUCCUCAAACUAGCGGGACGGAUAUCGUCACGCCCUACUAUUUUACCUGGUCGGCACGUCAUUAACACAUCGCUCCUCGGAGGAAAUGCUGCUUUGAUGGGGGCGUUUGUCACAAUGGCACCGGGUGCUCCUAUGACAGCAGCGUUAUGUCUGGGUGCUAGUACAAUACUCAGCUUUUUGAAAGGCUAUACAACAACUGCCGCUAUCGGCGGUGCUGAUAUGCCCGUGGUAAUUACUGUUCUGAAUGCUUAUUCCGGAUUUGCAUUGGUUGCGGAGGGCUUUAUGCUCGACAACCCAUUGUUGACUACUGUUGGAUCACUUAUCGGUGUUAGCGGUUCUAUUUUGUCAUAUAUUAUGUGUGUUGCAAUGAAUAGAUCUCUGACCAACGUACUAUUUGGUGGUAUAUCUUCCCCAACCGCCUCGGAUCACAAAAUUGAAGGACAAAUUACCAAAACAUCGAUCGAUGAGACUGUGGAUUCUCUUGCCAAUGCGGAAAGUGUUAUAAUUGUUGUCGGCUACGGAAUGGCUGUCGCGAAAGCCCAGUAUGCAAUUUCUGAGAUCACACGAAUGCUACGAGCCAAGGGCGUGAAAGUCAGAUUCGCAAUCCACCCGGUGGCUGGCAGAAUGCCUGGACAGUGUAAUGUCUUGUUAGCGGAAGCCUCCGUACCAUACGAUAUCGUACUGGAGAUGGAUGAAAUCAAUGAUGAUUUCGAUGACACUGACGUAACGCUGGUCAUUGGUGCCAAUGACACUGUCAAUCCAAUCGCACUAGAACCUGGCUCCCCUAUCGCUGGUAUGCCCGUUCUAAAUGUGUGGAAGAGCAAGGAGGUCAUCGUCAUGAAAAGAGGCAUGGCUAGUGGAUACGCCGACGUACCUAAUCCCAUGUUCUACAUGCCCAAGACAAGAAUGUUGUUCGGAGACGCGAAGACUUCCUGCGAUGCAAUCCAACGCGGCCUCGAAGCGCGGAAAUGA